CCCGAGCACACGGGGGCCAGUGAGCAUGGCAGUGGUCGUUCUUGGCGCGCAAUGGGGAGACGAAGGAAAGGGAAAGAUUGUGGAUGUUCUUUGCAGAGACAUGGACAUCGUAGCCCGAUGCCAGGGAGGCUCCAAUGCUGGCCAUACCAUCAAGGUUGGAAACAGCGUUUACAAGUUUCACUUGCUACCCUCUGGCCUUGUCCACACUAACACGACCUGUGUCAUCGGAAACGGAGUGGUUGUUCACAUUCCCUCCUUCUUCAAUGAGAUUGAAGACAUCACAAACCCGUCUGACGGGGGCGCUCCUCUCCAUGUCGAAGGAAGGAUCUUUGUUUCCAGCAGAGCUCACCUUGUGUUGGACUACCACCAGUGGGAGGACGGAGUCCGGGAAGCCAUGCUCGGCAAGACAGCCAUCGGAACCACGAAGAGAGGCAUCGGCCCUGCCCUCAGCAGCAAGGCACAUCGCACGGGGCUGCGCGUGGGAGACUUGUAUGACUUCGAGUACUUCGAGGCGAAGCUGAGGAAGAAUCUUGCGGACCUUGAGCAGCAGUUUGGUCAAAAGUUUGAGCAUCCCACUUACAGGGGAGCUCCCACUGGCGUGAUUGACAUCGAGAAGGAGAUCCAGCGGUACAAAGAGUAUGCUCAGAAGCUCAAGCCCUAUGUCGUCGAUACAGUGGACUACAUCCACGAGGCCGUCGCUUCCGGCAAGAAAAUCCUCAUCGAGGGAGCCAACGCGGCGAUGCUUGAUAUCGACUAUGGAACUUAUCCCUUCGUGACCUCGUCAAACUGCACCAUCGGCGGAUGCUUCACGGGUCUCGGAAUUCCACACACAGCGAUCGGAGAGGUAAUUGGGGUCGUCAAAGCUUACACGACAAGAGUUGGUUCCAGGGUGUGA